GUCUCUGCCGCGAUGUCGGAGACAGCUCCUGUUGCCGCGCCCACGGUCGCGGCCCCCGGCGUCAAAGCCGCCGCCAAGAAGCCCAAGAAGGCGGCGGGCGGCUCCAAAGCCCGCAAGGCUUCGGGCCCCAGCGUCACCGAGCUCAUCACCAAGGCCGUGUCCGCCUCCAAGGAGCGCAAGGGGCUCUCGCUGGCCGCGCUCAAGAAGGCGCUGGCGGCCGGCGGCUACGACGUGGAGAAGAACAACAGCCGCACCAAGCCCAAGAAGGCGGCGGCCAAGAAGCCCGCGAGCGCCGCCAAGAAGCCCAAGAAGGCGGCGGCGGUGAAGAAGAGCCCCAAGAAAGCGAAGAAGCCGGCGGCUGCCGCGGCCAAGAAAGCAGCCAAGAGCCCCAAGAAGGCAGCCAAGGCUGCGAAGCCCAAGAAGGCAGCGAAGAGUCCGGCGAAAGCGAAAAAGGUUGUGCCCAAGGCUGCCAAGCCCAAGGCGACCAAGCCCAAGGCGACCAAGGCGAAGAAGGCAGCGCCCAAAAAGUGAAGUGUUAAAGUGGAAAUACUUAAACCCAACGGCUCUUUUAAGAGCCACCCACGAUUGUCCGAAAAAGGGCUGAUACACUCAAUCAGCAAACCCCGCGCCCGCAGAGGGGCUAA